AGAGAGAAUCUAGAAGGAGAAGAAAGAAAAAAAAGGAAAGAUAGAAAAAGUAAAGCAAAACAUUGAUGGAGGAGACGCACAAACUUGACCAGACAGGUGGGGUCACUUUGCCUUUCCUUUCCUUUCCUUUCUCUCUUCAUCUUCUUCUUCUUCUUCUUCUACUCCUUCUCCCUCUGUCUCAUUCCAUUACCACUCUCACCUAACCAUUUAUUACACACAACACAAACCUCAAAUCUUACCUUCAAAUCCAUCCACCCCUUUUGUUCCCUCUGUCUGUCUCCCUCAAAUCUUCAGAAAAACCAGAUUUUUCAGCUGCCCAGUUGUUUUUUCUGUGGUUGGUCAUGUCAACGGCGUCUAAAGAUGAUAACUUGGCCCUUUCUUCUGAGGAUUCUUCAUCCCCAGAUGAGUCUGAGCUUGAUUUGGGUCUUGGGUUAAGCCUUUCUCACCAUGCAAAGUCUCAUCAUCAACAUGCCCCUUAUGCUAGAAUUUUCACAGCUAAGGAUUUUUCUUCUUCAGCACCAUCACCCUCCUCCUCCAACGUUGCUGCUGGGACCAAGAGAGCUGCUGAAUCUCUUGUUGCUACUAACCGGCCCAGUCAAGUAGUUGGAUGGCCUCCCCUUCCAGCAUGUAGAAUGAACAGCUUUAAUAGCCAGGCCAAAUCAACUGAAGUAUUUGACCCUGUUGCUGAGAAGAGUAAGAGCAACAAUACUGUGGUAAGGAAGGGUGCUGAAAAUGGCAAUGAUAAUAGCGUAAUCAAUAUCAAAGACAAAAGACACAUCAGGAGUUCCCCGUUCAUCAAGGUAAACAUGGACGGUACACCAAUUGGAAGGAAAGUUGAUUUGAGCGCCCAUAGUUCCUAUGAAACCUUAGCAGAAACAUUGGAAGAUAUGUUUAAUGAAUCAACUGCAUCCAUCACUUGCAAAGGUUCAAAUGGGGAUGAUCGUGGCAUUAUUUUUGGAGGAGAAAGGCAUUCAAAGUUGUUGGAUGGAUCUUCCAAGUUUGUGCUCACUUAUGAAGACAAGGAAGGAGAUUGGAUGCUGGUCGGGGAUGUUCCUUGGGGGAUGUUCACCGGUUCAGUGAGGAGACUACGGAUCAUGAGAACAUCUGAGGCUAAUGGACUUGCCCCAAGAUUGGAAGAAAAGAACAGCAGACAGAAAAGCAAGCCCAUAUAGAUAUUGUUUUAAUGGCUAAGGAUAAGGAGAACUUAUCACGUUAGUAACUGCAAUAGAAGAAGAAGAAAACAAAAAAACAAGAGAAGAGCAAAGGAAUACAGGAAGUACAUGGAUUUUGAGAUUUAAAUGAUCCAGCUCCCUUUUUUGGUUCUUUAUUGAUUCAGUUUGUGUUUGCUUAACUUGGUAUAUUUUGUCACUGCCUCUCUAUACUUGGAGGGUGCAGGCAUCAUAGUUUUUCAUAUUAUACUACUGAUCAUAAAAGUCAGGCUCUUUAUUAAUGCUGUAAAUGUUGGAUGCUUGCUAACUUCCUCAGCCAUUUAGUUACUGAUUGAAUUUUCUUACUGUUGUAACUCAAAUUUUCCUUUGAGGGAACACCUAUUUUGAGAAAGUAUCUUCUUGCCACAUUCUUGAGGCAAA